CGCCAACUACCACGCCCACGCCACCACACACGCACACGAGCUGUGUCGAUCUCUCCAUAGCAAGAGGCGCAAGCUACCUUGCCAGCCAUGGAGAACCCCUACUACGCGAGCUUCCUCAAGAAUCACCACCGCCGCUACUGCUUCUCCACCCCGCCGUCGCCGUCGCCGUCGCCGGCUGGCGCUUACUCCUCCUCCUCCUUCCCGUUCUUUCCGACGGCGGGGGUGACGUCGACGACGGCCGCGACGCCGCCGACGACGACUGCCCCGCCGUCGCCUCCGCUCCGGGAGGCCUUGCCGCUACUGUCCCUCACCCCCGCCUCGCGCGGCGGCACGACGGCGGCGCAAGAGCGUGCGCGGCAGCGGGGGGAGGAGGACUGCACCGACGACGACGACGGCGCGGAGGAGGAGGGGGCGGACGAGGAGGACGUGCCGGGCUCGACGCCCGGCGGCGGCGGCGGUGGAGGCGGCGAUAGACACCACCAGCUCCGUCGUCGCCGCGCGGGGCGGCUCUUCGCCGACCUGAACACCAAGGCUGCGGCGGGAGACCCGAUGGACGUGGAGGGCUCCGGCUCCGGCUGCUGCGCCGCCGAAGCCGCCGCGGCGGGGGACGACGACGCGGACGUCACGGUCGCGCUGCACAUCGGCCUGCCGAGCCCGACCGCCGCCGCCGACCUCAUCUCGGGGCUCUCGUCAGCAGCCGGGAGAAGAUCCUCCACCGCGCGUCGUGACGAGGAAGAGGACGAGGCGGAGGAAGCCGGCGGCGCGAGCAGGGACGACGGCGACGGCGGCGACGCCGCCGACGCCGCGGCGCCGCUAGGGUUCGCGUCGACGCCGAUCGGGCGUCUGAACAAGGGCCAGUACUGGAUCCCGACGCCGUCGCAGAUCCUCAUCGGCCCCACGCAGUUCUCCUGCCCCGUCUGCUUCAAAACCUUCAACCGAUACAACAACAUGCAGAUGCAUAUGUGGGGGCAUGGGUCGCAGUACAGGAAGGGGCCGGAGUCGCUGCGGGGGAUACAGCCGACGGCGAUGCUGCGGCUGCCGUGCUACUGCUGCGCGGCGGGCUGCCGGAACAACAUCGACCACCCGCGGGCGAAGCCGCUCAAGGACUUCAGGACGCUGCAGACGCACUACAAGCGGAAGCACGGGCUGAAGCCGUUCCUGUGCCGCAAGUGCGGCAAGGCGUUCGCCGUCAAGGGCGACUGGCGCACCCACGAGAAGAACUGCGGCAAGCUCUGGUACUGCCUCUGCGGCUCCGAGUUCAAGCACAAGCGGUCCCUCAAGGACCACGCCCGCGCCUUCGGCCACGGCCACGGCGCGCUCGGCGGCGCCGCCGCCCUCGACGACGACGACGACGGCGCCGUCUCCGACCUCGACCACGACUCCUCCUCCACCGCCCCCGCCGCCCGAUCCCUCUAAUCGCAAAGACCUGCUUCGGUCCAGCAAAAAGUAUCUCGAAGUACUAGUACCUCACAUUACUAAAUCGUUUCUGAUCGUUGGAUUUAGCUGGAUAAGAUAUGUAUUAUUGGAUCCAGCGAUUGGAAACAAUUUGGUACCAUAAUGUAUCGGUAACCUCGAGGUAUUUUUUUAUUGGACCAGAGUGAAUCUCUUCAUUGUAACAACACUACUACUAUGAACUACUAGUCUACUACGUUCUACCGUGGAUGUAUACGAGUUUGCUCA